AUGGAAACUGAUCCUCGCGUCACGCUUACAUUACUUUCUCCGCUCGGAGAUUCAAGAAUGGUCAUAGUCAAGCUUUCUCAGCAAGUUAGAGUUCUCCAAAAGAUGUUUCCAUUGAAUCAUCGACAAUUCUAUUUUAAUGGACAGAUAAUGUUAGAAUCGAGGCCGUUUUCGUUUUACUCUGUCAAAGAUAAUGAUUCGAUCAUUGCUGUUACCUAUAGCGACCCAACAUUUUUAGUCCAAGUCGGGUCAUUGUACUGGCAGCAUGCCUCUAUCAAAGAUUCAAAGAUUUCUGAUCACUCUAGGUUCAUUAACUCAUUAUCUCUUCUAAGAGAAUACCUCAGAAUGAAAGAUGUUACAAUGCGCCACAUAGAAGCAAAACCAAGCGCGCUCCGCGGUUUAUUAUCAAGUGUAUCUGCUAUAGAAAACUCAAAACCAGCUAUAGCUCAUACUACUACGAUCACUGACAUACCAAGAGUAUUAUCUAAGGAACCUUUGCCGGUUUUUUGGAUAAAAUAA